AAAGGAGGCAUCAGUAAUGUACCUUGCAAACUACCACUGAACACGCUGUAUUGUAGGAUAUGAAUGAUGCUGAUUUUUCCACAAAGGAGAACGAACCAUUUUGAUGACCUGUUUUCUGGGCCCCCUCCGCACGGUGGAUAUGGCGGACCCCCGCCUCACGGACCCCCACCGCCGGGUGUUCCAGGGAGGGAACUCACGUCCAUACAACCCUGGGACCCCAGCCAAAGCCCGCCACCACCUGGCUUCCAUGGAACAGGCCCAUUGCCAAUCGAUGACCCAAAUUCCCACGAUCCGACUUACCCACCACCAUCAAUCCACGACGUGCGGCAGUUCCAAGGAUACGAGAAAGUUGGCGGAUUUGGCCGAACGCAACCGGUUCCACCUUUAGUGCUUCCACAGCCUCCCUCCGGUGACCCUCCUGGUAUGGAAUUCGACCAGAUUGCUAAUCUGAACAAGGAACAGUGCCGCGAGGCCAUGCUAAACUACGUCAGUGAACACUGCUGUUUCGGAAAGAAAGCUGCUCGGCAAAUGGAGAUUAAUAAAAUAUUACCACUGAGCGCCUUGCACUAUACACUGGAGACCUUCUGCGAGAACCGGUCUACAGGAUACGUAUUUCGCCCCUAUCAGGGAGGUUUUGUAGAUGGCCCAGAAUACGGUAUACCGCCUUUACCGUGGCAAAUCCCUUGCACAUUUGACCAAAUGUUCCAUGAUCAUACAAAGAAAAUCGAAGUACCUCACACCGCUGUACUUAAGCGGUGUCAUGGCUGCCAUGGGCAUGGUUGGCUUCGUUGCCACCGAUGUCAAGGUAGAGGGCAGGUCCGUUGUGGGUUUUGUCAUGGGCGAGGCAAUACUCAACGAUACGACCGCGACAGAGGACAUUACAAUGCCCCGUGUAACACUUGUGGUGGAGAUGGCCACAAACGUUGUGGAAGAUGCUCAGGAGACGGUAGAAUCACAUGUUCUGUUUGUCAGGGUUUCAAACGACUAAAAUGCUACAUCGAAUUAACUGUUGCCUUCGUGAAUAACUAUGACGAUCACAUCCUGGAAAAAACGGACAUGCCAGAUGAACUUGUCCGUCAUGUUGGAGGAACCGUUAUAAUGGAGCAAACAUUACCCUUUGUGUGGCCAAUAACAUCAUAUCCAAUCGCUGAAAUUUGUAAUGCUUCCGCCCGACUUGUGAGCGAUCACCGACAGAGGUUCGCUGCUCAAAAGCAGAUAAGUCAGCGGCAGCAAUUAAGGGCGGUGCCUGUAACGGAGGUACUGUAUCAGUGGAAAGAUGCAAGUUUCCGAUUUUGGGUGUACGGCAAUGAAAGGAAGGUCCACGCUCCCGAGUAUCCGCAACAGUGCUGCUGGGGAUGCACUAUAUUGUGAUAGAUUUCAUACAAUGUGAAUACAUCAACAAUCUGUGAUCACGAAAUGUCUUUACGUGUGACCAUUUGCCAACCAUCACACUGUCGUCGCUGGUCUUGGUUUUUCUGUAUGCUGUACACCCUAAAUUAUAUUCAGAGCAGAUUACGAUCUUCUGCGAAUUCAGAUUCACAUCAGACCAGAUUGACAUCUGACAUCACUUUACACACUUAACUAGGAAAACUGGGUGUCAUGGUUUAAAUAUUUUGUCUGCCGGAGUUUGGAAUAUUGAUGUAUAGGUCCUAAGUUGUGCACACAUCUCACAAUUGCACUGCAUGGAUAUACAUGUUGCGAAAGAUGUAAUGAGGUGUAUCGUGAGUUAUGGUAGAUUUCCAUUUCGAGACGACAGGUUGUCAGGCACAGGUCUAUGUUUCCCGAGUUUUCAAGUAAAGGGUAUAUAACUAGGACGGUGUUCCUAUGUACAAGUUUUUCAUUCUUUAUCGUUAGGUAUACAGUUAUAUUGUCAACUUCUGGAAUACAGUCUAGCAACACAUGAACCAACAGGUUUCUUUUAACCACACAGGUCCGCAUAGCACACUUAGUAGAGCGCCCGCUUCUGGAGCGGUUGAUCUAGGGUCAAUCCUGGUUUGAGUCACACCUAAGACAUUACAAGACCUUCAGCAUGAAAAAACGUGGAAAUCCGUCCCACAAC